GGACGAAUUAAUAGCUCUUAAACCUGGGGAUAAGAAGUGGUAUUUGCUUCCAGUAGAAGAUGAAAAAAGUUAUGGGCAUAUUAUUGCACCUGAUGUGAAUGGUUUUCUUAACACAGAUAUAUCAAGUUCAAAGUAUCUAUUGAAAAAUAUUAUCAAAAUUCCACAAUUGUCACGACAAGAAUAUUGGUGUAAUUUCGUUAUCCCGUAUUUAGAAUCUCAACCUUCAAAUGUUCUAAAAAUUGUAAUUACAAAACUUUUUGAACGGUUAAUGCAAUUACUUUCUGGAGAUUCAAAUCUGAAAAAUACAUUGGAGAAAACAGCAUUUGUUCCAUCAGUGUCAAUACAAUCUCAACCAAAUGAUACUGUAGAAUAUCAAUUAAAAAGACCGAUCGAAUUAUAUGACCCAGAUAAUUGGAAAAUUUCAGAAUUGUUUUUUGAAAAUGAAAUUGUGUUUCCUUUAAAAAACAUACCUGAUUAUAAACAUCUAAUUUUGCCAUCAUUAAGAUUACUAGGUAUGAAGCAAUUUCUUUCAUCAGAUGAUAUUAUUCAACGAUUAAAUAUUAUGAGUGAACACAAAGAACUUGCUGAUAUGAGAGAAAUAGUGCACAAGAUAUCAAUGAAGCUAGUUCAAUAUAUCGAUGAUAAUUUUGACAAACUUGUUGGAAAACAUCAAUCUCGAUCUAAUAAUGCACCAACAAAUAAUAGUAAACUUCAACAAUUGUAUACACUUUUGAUAAAUACUGAAUGGCUCCCCACAGUAGAUUAUACAGGAAAGAACCUAUUCUCGAAACCAAAUGAUUGUCGAGAUAAAGUUUAUAAGAAUAUAGUAGGGUUAAUAAUACCAAUUUUAGAAUAUCGUAUUAAAAAUAAAUUAUUUUCUACUCUUCUAUGGAAUUCAUAUCCACCAGUGGACAUUGUACUCAAACAGCUCAAAGCAUGUAGUUCCAUAUCACGCACUCAAUUAUAUAAUCAUCGUCAGAAGCCUGACAAAAUAUGUGAUUCGAUUUAUAAAUAUAUGAUGGAAGCAUUCAGAAAUAAAGACCAGCAAUCACGAAUGGAAAUGGAAAAAUUUAAGCGAGAACUUUUAUCGACUGAUGCAAAUUGGAUUUUUUGCAACGAUAAAUUUUAUCCAUCAACUAGGGUGGUAUUUGAAUUAGAUGAUAGCUUAAUAAGUAAUACUUCAGUAAUUAUACAACUUCCACAAAAAUAUAAACAAUACAACGAACUAUUUUUUGAAAUGGGUGUUAGACAAAAAAUAGGAAUCCCAGAUCUCAUUAACAUUAUUAAAGAAUUUCGUAAUUCUGCAGAUAUGGAGGGAAGAAUUCUGACACAAGAUGAAAUUAAUAAAAUUAUUGGACUUAUUGAACAAAUAGCAAAGAAAAGAAUGGAUACAGAAAACAAUGGUGAUGAUAAUAUUUUAAAUGGGUUAUUAAUUCCGAAUACCGAAUGUCAAUUAGUUGAAUUUUAUGAAAUUCAAUAUGAUGACAUGGGGAGCAGAUUGAAUGAUGAAAAAAAGAAAGAGUUUAGUAUUGUACAUCCACAAAUAUCAUCUGCGACUGCAAGAAUGCUUGGAAUGCAAAUGCUUACUGGAAAGUUAAUAGAUGAAGGAGACGAUCUUGAUAAUUAUGGUGUGGACUAUGAACAGGAAGAACCAUUGGCUAUCAGGAUUCGAAAUAUUCUUAAUGAUUACCCUGUUAACGUCUUAUUCAAAGAGUAUUUGCAA